AUGAAAGCCGCCGGACUGACCGGAAGUGGUCAGGUAAAGAGUCCGAAGCUGUGGUGGCCGAGAGGAAUGGGAGAUCCGAAUUUGUAUAUAUUCCGAGUGGAAAUCUCGUCUCCAGAUGGACAAAUUGUUGAUCAAUACGACGAGGAAUUCGGGUUCCGCUCCGUUACUUACGACAAUCAUCAGAUGUACAUCAACAACAAGCCGUUCUACUGCAUUGGAUUUGGGAUGCACGAAGAUUCGGAGGGUCUUCAC